AUGCAGCCGCCGGCGAAGGAGGACGCCGGGCGCACAGGCCCGCCAGAGCGAGCCGGGAAGAGCGCGCCGAAAGCCCCCACUCCGGGCUCGACCCUGACGCUGGAGCGGCUGGUGGCCAUGCCCCCUGCGCAGCGCCGCCGCCACCUGCUCUUCGGCGACCUGCUCGAGAACGUGGGCGCGGCCGCCUCCAUCUUCCCGCACGAGUCGGUGGAGCUGCGGUGCCGCGUGCCCGACCCGCGCGCGUGGACCCAGGCGCUUGAGCUGCCCUCCGAGCGCCAGGACAGGCUCCUCGGCGUUCUCAAGGCGGCCGAAGCCCGCGGGAGAGUCCGCGCCCUGCGGCUGCGCUACGCCCGCAUGCGGGCCGAGGCGAUCUCGCUUCUCAUCCGGCAGCAGAAGUCCGCGCGCGCCGCCAUCCGGCUCGAGGUGUUCCUGCCGCCGCAGCUAAAGCCCACGAGGAUCCCGGACCCCCUGGACCGGCAAGAGCGGAGGCGCGUGGAGACCAUCCUGGAGGAGGACGUUGAUGGCGGUAUCUUCCCGCGGUGA